AUGCCAUUGCCAAAGCGUGUUGUAGAACCCGUGCAUGUAGCACGUAACACAGUCUCACAAGCAGGAAGUUAUGGUGCUUCAAGUUCAAUAUCAAAUGAGUUAGAAGCUGUCACAAAUGGCACCCUUGCUAAUACAGUCCGUCAGUUAUCAAGUCUAUCUAAACAAGCUGAAGAUAUGUUUGGUGAACUUGUACGUGAAGCCCAUUCACUUACUGUACGAGUUAACUCAUUACAAAUUAGGUUAGACAGAUUAUCUGUUAACACAAAACAAUUAGAUAGUACUGGUGAAGAAGUAUCCUUACAAGACAUUCAUAUGAGAAAAGCUUUUAAAAGUGCUAUUGUAUUCGAUCAACAAGUUCUUUCAAGAGAUACAAUGCCUGCACCAAUGCUUGAAAUGUAUUCUCAAUGUGAUAAGCCACCUCCUCUUUAUAAACUUAACCCCUACCGAGAGGAUGGUAAGGAUGGUAUGAAGUUCUAUACUGAUCCAGAUUACUUUUUCAAUCUAUGGAGGUUAGAAAUGCUAAAAGACACAGAAAAAAUGAUGCAUGAUCGUGGAAAAAAACCUCAUAGACCUAAAGCAGAAGGAAGUGGUGGUCGUCAUAAAAAAAGAGUCCGACAACCAUAUAGUACGAGGGAACGGCAAAGACAACUUGCUACUCAGCACGGAGAAUAUAUUAUGCCUCAAGAUAACUCUCAUUAUAGAGCACCACAUCAGCCUUAUGAAUAUAUGGAAGAAAGUACAAUGAUGUUGGGCUUGACAAUGAACGAUCAACACCGACCAUCGCGACCAAAUAGUAUAGAAUUACGUCGAUCCUAUGGUCCAGAGCAACUUCAUAAUCAUCAUACUGGAAAUAACAUGGUAGAUGGACGUAUUUAUAGUCCACCCCCUAUGAAUAUAAUUGAUAGCAAUAACUAUGCUGCACCACUCAGUAGCAAUAAUAUGAUGUAUGAUGAAUCUAAUGUAUACAAUCAUCAAACGCAACAAAAUAAUUACCAGUACACAGGCAGUAUGGGUGAAGUAAUUAGUCCAUUAGGUACACCUAGUCGGGGAGGUAGAAUUAGACCAUCUCAACCACCCCCUGCUCCUCCAAGCAAUAAUAAUUCAAAUAACAGUACACCCACUGUAUCAUCAGCCAGCACUCCAACUCGUGGUCGCAGUUUGAGUUCCAACCGUGAAACAUUACCUCCUCCGCCACCUCCUCCAAUUGAAAACAACUUACCUUUUACUGAACCUUUACCACCACCUCCACCACCUGUAUCUAUUAGUCCUCCAUUACCAUCAGCAAACAUUCCACCUCCUCCGCCAUUACCACCAAUGCCUGAUCUACCAGCAUCAUUAGCCAAUGGAGAUGUAAAAUCACCACCAAAACAAAAAUCUCCAUCUAAUCUAAUAAUUCAAUCGAAACCAUUGGUGCUUCCUGCCGACUGUAAUAACGUGAGACCGUUAAAUGGUAUCAUUAAUGAUUUAAAAACAACUGUAACCAAUAUCAGUAGCGGUACGAUGACCUUGAAAAAAACACCUGGGCCAGGCCAUGUUGCUCAUUAUGAUCCACGUAGUGAUUUGCUAAAGGCUAUUAGAGAUGGUGUUGAGCUGAGAAAAGUAGAAAAAAUAAAACAAAAAGAAGGAGAACGUAGCAAUGCAUUACACGAUGUUGCUUCAAUAUUGGCACGUCGUGUAGCUGUUGAAAUUUCUGAUUCUGAUUCUGCAUCGGGCAGCGAAUAUGACAGCGACGGUUGGGCUGAAGAGACUUGUGCUUAG